CAGAUACCUACAUAGCUGAAGAAAGGGAUUUUUCUUUUGCCUCAUAUUACCAAGACCACAUGGUUUUACAAGGCUCGCCACAGAAGGCCAUUGUCUGGGGCUAUGCUCCCAACAGUCAUGUAAACAGAGUUGUUGAACUACAUGUUACUCCAGGACAUAAAAAAUAUACUGCUUUAAUUGGAAGAGAUCUUACAUGGAGAAUGGAGAUAGGGCCUGUUAAGGCAGGAGGACCAUAUGAUAUCAAAGCUCAUCUGUUAAAUAACAGUAUACAGCUUAGUGAUGUAUUGUUUGGUGAUGUGUGGAUCUGCUCUGGACAGUCAAACAUGCAUUUUCCUUUGACACAGAUUUUCAAUAGUACAGAAGAGGUUAAGGACACUGUCAACUUUCAAAACAUUCGAUUAUUUGUGACAAAUUAUGCAGUAUCUGACACACCCAGUACUGAUUUGGGAAAACAUGGAAUCUUAUUACCUUGGUCAAAACCUUCACCAGAAACAGCUGUGAUGGGCAACUUUUCAGCUGUGUGUUGGCUGUAUGGAAAAUAUUUAUACCAACAUCUAAACAAACCUAUUGGUUUAUUGGAGACAUCAGUGGGAGGGACACCAGUAGAAGCUUGGUCAUCAACAGAUGCUCUAAAAAAAUGUGGGCUAUCACAAGAAAAUAGGGUAGAAGUUUUUCAAGAAUUUCUAGAUGAUGAGACAGUUUCAUAUAACAAUAGUGUGUUAUGGAAUGCUAUGGUACACCCUUUCAUCAAUAUGACCAUAUAUGGAACUGUAUGGUAUCAAGGAGAGAGUAAUUCUGGAAAACACACAAAUAAAGAAUUGUACAACUGUACAUUUCCUGCCAUGAUAGAUGACUGGAGGAAGAAGUUCUCAAUGUCUGGAGGCACAAGCCAGUUAUUCCCGUUUGGUUUUGUCCAGCUGGCUGGAGAUAUUCCAGAUUUUACAAUGACAGAAGGUUUUCCAGACAUUCGCUGGCACCAGACGGCAGACUAUGGAUAUGUUCCAAAUCAUAGACUGAGGAAUGUUUUCAUGGCUGUUGCUAUGGAUCUACCUGAUUUUACCUCACCUUAUGGAAGAGUUCAUACAAGAGACAAACAAGAUGUAGCUGCCCGACUGGUUCUGGGAAGUUUAGCUAUGGCAUACAAACAGAAUGUGUCAUUUCAAGGGCCAUAUCCAGUCAAAGUGGUGAUAACACGAGCUGAACUACCAUACACAUAUACCCAGGUAGAAGUGGAAUAUACCAUGGAUUUGGAACAAAGAUGGUUGGAUGGAUUUGAGAUAUGUUGUGCAUUUGUAAAACCAGCAGUAUGUGAGACAGGCAAGGCUUGGUGGUUGCCAACAACAACAUGGCAGGGCUAUGAUAGAAAUAAUGUGACACAAAGUUAUGCAAGUGAAUGUUCCAUAGAAAAUGUGGUUGGAAUAAGAUAUGCCUGGAGACAGUCACCAUGUCCAUUUAAGAAAUGUGCAAUAUAUGGAGCCAAGAAUGGUCUACCCAUGCCACCAUUUACAUACUAUGGAGAAGCCUUUAACAAAAAGUCCAUUGGGAAAGAUAAAUAUCUAGUAAAUCUAGAACAUAUAGAGCCAAGUAGUUUUCCAGUAUACAUUCCUGCAGACAUCAGUGUAGAUGAGGAAGCAGUCUUUAAGGUUGAUAAUGAUAAACUUUCCCUGGAAAGAAACUUCUCUUUUGCCUCUUACUAUGGAGAUAAUAUGGUACUACAAGGAAUUCCAAAGAAAGCUGUAAUCUGGGGUUAUGCUCCUCCAUCAUCGGAGGGCAAUACUGUAGAACUACUGAUAGACCAGCGGAACAUGACACACUCUACCACAGUAACUGAUGAUCUGCUAUGGGCUGUACAGAUAGGUCCUGUGAAAGCAGGAGGUCCAUAUACUAUAGAGGCAACACUUGGAACUAGUAAAAUUGUUCUUAAAAAUGUCUUGUUUGGAGAUGUUUGGGUGUGUUCUGGUCAGUCAAACAUGCAGUUCUCUAUGUCACAGAUAUUUAACAGUACAGCAGAGUUAAAUGACACAGUGAAUUAUCCAGAUAUUAGAGUGUUUGUUGUGAAAGACAAAACAUCACAUGUUCCAAUUACAGACUUGUCAAGUGAUGGGAUAUUGUUGCCAUGGUCUGUGCCUAAUCCAGAGACUAUUGGUCAUGGCCCGUUCAAUUAUUUCUCAGCAGUAUGUUGGUUGUAUGGAAAAUAUUUGUACCAGCAUUUAAAGAAGCCUAUAGGGUUAUUAGAAACAAGUUGGGGAGGGACACCUGUGGAGGCAUGGUCAUCUCCUGAUGCUCUUAAGAAAUGUGGCCUAGGAGACAGUGGGGAUGUGACAGUCUCAGCAGCUGUAAAUGGACCACAAGAAAGCAGUGUAUUGUGGAAUGCUAUGGUGCACCCUAUUCUUAAUAUGACCAUAUUUGGGGCUAUUUGGUAUCAAGGUGAAGCCAACGUAAAGUAUAACCAAAAACUUUACAAGUGUACAUUUUCUGCCAUGAUUGAUGACUGGAGAAAAAAGUUUUCUCUCUCCGGGGAAACAGAGAAGUUGUUUCCCUUUGGUUUUGUACAGUUGGCAGGAAAUACGCCUGAUCAUAGCAUAGAUUCAGGCUUUCCGGACAUUCGCUGGCACCAGACGGCAGACUAUGGAUAUGUUCCAAAUCAUAGACUGAGGAAUGUUUUCAUGGCUGUUGCUAUGGAUCUGCCUGAUUUUACCUCACCUUAUGGAAGUAUUCAUCCUAGAGACAAACAAGAUGUUGCUUACAGACUUGUGCUGAGUGGCCUAGCUGUGGCUUAUAAACAUAAUGUGUGUUAUCAAGGACCUUACCCUGUGAAAGUCUCAGUUACACUCUCAGAUCAGUCUUACAAUUACACUCAGGUUGACGUAGAAUACACAAUGAACCUAGAGCAAAGAUGGCUGGAUGGAUUUGAGAUAUGUUGUGCCUUCACCAGUCCAGCAGUGUGUGAACAUGGUAAGUCAUGGUGGCUUCCAACAACUACAAUACAGAAAGUUGAUACAGCCAAUACUACAAGAACCUAUGCUUCCCAAUGUUCCCUAGAGAAUCUAGUUGGAUUACGGUAUGCUUGGCAGGAGUCACCAUGCCCGUUCAAGAACUGUGCAAUAUAUGGAGCAGAUAAUGGACUUCCCAUGCCACCUUUCACUUACUCUGGAAAAGCUUUUAAGAAAACAUUUAUUGAUAGUGAGGGAUAUGAAGUUUUAUUACAUUAGAAAACAUAAUUGAAUUGUGUCACAGUGUUCAUUUUCAUUGAAUUGUGUCACACCAAAUAGGGUGUUUUGACAUAAUUGACAUUGAAAGACUUGCCUUUAGCAGAGUAUAUAAUGCUGAGAUUUAUGUUUUAGUUUUAAUAAUUUAUGUGAAAGUUUAUUUUGUUGAAUGGGGAAAUUGUUCAAGUUUGUUUUACUCAUUUAUGUGUAGGUUGGUUAUAUUUGAGAUCUGUGUAUUUUGUAUUCAUUCUGUAUUGACAUAGUGUGCUUAAUCUUUUUGAAAAACAAGUUAGUAUCUGCAUUGAAUUAAGAAAUAGUAUAUAUGUAUAACAGAACCAUGUUUUAAUAUAUUCAGACAUGACAGAAAGGUUAUACACAGAAUAAUUUCACAUGGGCAGAGCCCAAGAGGCCCAUAUGAAUUCAUCAACAUGGCAUGUGACCAAUUUGGAGUGUUUAGAUAUAUCAAAACAUUGUUCUGCUAAAUUUGAUUUUGAUUCUGAUAUGUCGUUUAGGCCUAAAUAAAAAGUUGUAUCUCU